AAAUGGUUUGUCUCAUUAGAUCUGGAUCGGGCAUACCGUUUAGCAUAAACCGCGAUGGUAAACUACGGAGGAGACGAAGUAUCCGCUUUGGUCGUUGAUAUAGGCUCCUCAUCCGUACGCGCAGGGUACGCCGGGGAUGAUAUCCCCAAGGCCAUUAUCCCGUCGUUUUAUGGCUAUAAAGCGACUGCAGGGGAUGGCGAUGUGCAAAUGGGAGAAACUGCACCAGAAAACUGGGAUUCGACCGCAAAACCCCCGAGCGACGCGAAGCUUUACCUUGGGCAGAAUGGCCCCUCGAUCUGGAGAGAGGGUAUGGAAAUUGGGAACCCUGUGCGGGAUGCAUUGCUUUUUGACUUCAAUCCGGUACCGGCUUUGAUCUCGCAUGCGCUGGUCGACGUUAUGCGAGUCAAUCCUUCCGAACAUCCUAUCCUCGUAACCGAGCCCGCUUGGAACACACCUGCAAAUAGAGAAAGAAUGGCAGAGAUUAUGUUCGAGGAGUUCCAUGUUCCUGCCUUCUACAUCGCCAAUACUGGCGUUCUGAAUGCUUUUGCAGCAGGAAAAGGCUCAGCACUAGUAAUCGACGUUGGGCAUGCAAUGGCCAGCAUCACCCCUGUAGUCGAUGGCUUCGUACUACGAAAGGGCUUGGUUUACUCUGCGCUACCUAAACUUGUUCAUGCCCAUGCACGACACAUCCUAAGUAACCCCACGCAGACGCGUCGGGGCAUUGAACUCCUCCCCCAUCAGCUCAUCGCCGACAAAUUACCUGUCGAGCCCGGUGCACCACCAAAGUUUACCCUCCGUGAAGACCGGAUAGCUGGAACGACGGAAAGCUGGAGGGUUUGGUGCGAAAAUCGUGAAGUUGACGAGUGGAUACAGAGCGUCGCUGGCGUUCUUGAUCAGGGAUGGAACGAGCAAGCUGCGGCGUCUCGUCAAGCGCGCCAGUACGAGUUUCCGACAGGUUACAACACGUACUUCGGGCCGGAGCGAUACCAGGUUGGCGAACAGUUCUUCUUCCACUCGCCGCAACUAGUGGCGCAAAAUCCAAAUCUCCCAAAGAAUAUCCCUACAUUGCUUUCAGAGUCCCUGCGCGCCUGUGAUCCGGACCUGCGGCAAGUCCUCAUGGGAAAUGUGGUUCUUACCGGCGGUGGCAGCCUGUUUCCAGGUUUUGCUGAUCGGCUGGAGGCCGAGCUAUCAAGGAAUUUCCCCCACGUCAAAAUCCAUGCUCCUGGAAACCCAAUCGAGCGGAAGUAUGGCGGAUGGCUAGGAGGAAGUAUUCUGGCCAGUCUCGGUACUUUCCAUCAACUGUGGAUUAGCAGAGAAGAAUGGCAGGAGCAUGGUAAGCCGAUUGUCGGGCAGAGGUGUAAAUAGAUUUGUCAUAUAGGCUGCUGGUAAGGCCCAUUAUGGCUGUGAAAAUGCAGCUACUGCGAGUUAGCCCACAGCGCUGUGCUCGUAUUUUCCUUAAAAUGUAUGGUUAGCUGUUGCUCCAGAAUGCUGCCCGGAAUGUCAUGGUCUGUGAAGUUCAGGUGUUGCCAGUUUAAGUACAAUUUAAAUAUUGAAUUUGAGAUUUGUUCUUGACAAUGAAAACAGUGAAGAACACGGUCAACCAUG